UUUAUUCGUGUAUUAUAUUAUCAACCUUCAACUUGAAGUCUACACUCUACUGUGAACAUCUCUGUCUCCAUCUUCGGCUCUACUCAUUCGCGAAACAGAGUAGGGGUCUCGGAAAAAGGGGGAAGAUGGGAGCUGGUCGUGAGGUUCUGAUCUCUUUGGAUGGAGUGAGAGACAAGAACUUGAUGCAGCUGAAGAAGCUCAACACGGCUCUCUUCCCUGUUCGCUACAAUGAUAAAUAUUAUGCGGAUGCCCUCGCUUCUGGCAAAUUUACGAAACUAGCAUAUUACAGUGACAUUUGUGUUGGUUCAAUCGCAUGCCGCCUUGAGAAGAAAGAAAGCAGUGUUCGUGUUUACAUCAUGACGCUGGGUGUUUUGGCCCCAUAUCGUGGUCUAGGGGUAGGCACCAAGCUGUUGAACCAUGUUCUAGAUCUGUGCUCCAACCAAAACAUCACAGAGGUUUACUUGCACGUUCAGACAAACAAUGAAGAUGCAAUCAAUUUCUACAAGAAAUUUGGGUUCGAAAUCACUGAAACCAUCCAAAACUACUAUACGAAUAUUACGCCUCCCGACUGCUAUGUUCUUACUAAGAUUAUCACCCAAUCUCAAACCAAAAAAUAGCAUUUAUAAGAACCAGCCAUCAUGUCAUUAAAAAAGGUGGAAGUUCGAGGUUGAAAGUUGAAAAUGAACAUUGCUUUCAACUAAACUCCAUAGUUCAGAAAAAUGGAUAUUUGUGAGUAAUUAUUUCUUGUUUGGUGAAUUCUAUGCAUUUGAUUAUCAUUAGCCAAAAACUCUGAAAGUCUGA